ACCGUUAAACAGUAGGCUAACAGAGGUUAGAAGCAGUACUGAGUAACGUUACAUCCGUAUUUUUUUAUGUAAACACUGAACCAAGCGACUUGGUAGUAAUGAAAUAACCGAGAAUUAUUACUCAGCUCAGCAGCGUUAAUGGAGAGCAAAGUCACAUUCCUCAGGCGGCCGGAAACACGGCUGUAACGAGACUGUAGCAGGUGUCUGCUGAAUGUCUUUGAUGUAUGCAUGAGGGAGGAUUUCCUGAAGACCAAAGAGGCCAUUACCCAGGGGCCAUUAGGCCUCUAGUAGAGCAUGUCAAUGAGUGCUGAGUCUUGCUCUGUUUUCACAUGCAGCCACUUUACUAUGUGACUAAGAGCAAAGGGGAGUGAGUCAUCAUCAAUCAGGAUGAAACACUCUGACAUUUGAGCAUGAAAGUCCCAGAGUGCCUUGCGGCCCCACAUCGCUGGAUAUGUUUGUAUUUUACAGUAACGGAGAAUGAUUCAUUGGGCUGGGCGCAUCGAGAAGGAGCUGGAAAAGGUUCUGCAGCACGUCACCGGUACCCAGCAGAUGAGAUCGAUUUAUAAUGAGAAGAAGAGCCAGUUUGAAAUCAAGAGAAACAACCCCAAGGACUUGGUGGAGAGGGUGGCACGGGACAUCUCCAAGCUGCUCAACAGUAAGAGGAAAGCCCUGGAGAAACUGGCCAGGGAGGCGGAACAGCUUCAGAACCUGCAUGUAUGGCAAGACGGUGUGACGGAGAAUGCCAUUUCAUACUACGAUUCCAAAGCGGAUUCAGACUAUGCGGAAGAUGGAGAAGAGGAGAACCCGCUGGAGAGCUCGACGUCUUUGGAGCUGGAGUUUGUGGAUGAUCCCAAUUUCAAAAACAAGGUCAACUUCUCUUCCAGUGCGGUCCAGAUUCCUACAGACAUAUACAAAGGCUCCCCGGUCAUCCUAAACGAGCUAAACUGGACCCAGGCGCUGGAGAGGGUCUUCAUUGAAAACCGUAAGGAGGACAGCUCACUGCGCUGGCAGGUGUUUGGCAGUGCCACAGGAGUGACUCGGUACUACCCAGCCACUCCAUGGAGGGCACCCAACAAGAUUGACCUGUACGACGUCCGCAGAAGACCUUGGUAUAUCCAAGGUGCAUCGUCUCCAAAGGACAUGGUCAUCAUUGUGGAUGUGAGUGGAAGUGUUAGUGGACUCACUCUAAAGCUGAUGAAAACUUCAGUGGUGGAGAUGCUGGACACCCUAUCAGACGACGACUAUGUGAAUGUGGCCAGGUUCAAUGAGAAGGCCGAUGCUGUCGUUCCAUGCUUCAGGACUUUGGUCCAAGCCAAUGUUCGGAACAAGAAGAUCUUCAAGGAGGCCGUCAUGCAUAUGCAAGCCAAAGGAACCACAGAUUACAAGUCUGGCUUCACAUUUGCGUUUGAACAGCUCCUCAAUGAGAGCAGCGCCCCGAGGGCCAACUGCAAUAAGAUGAUAAUGAUGUUUACAGAUGGCGGGGAGGAUCGUGCACAGGAAAUCUUUGAGAAGUACAACUGGCCCAACAAAACGGUCCGCGUGUUCACCUUCUCUGUUGGCCAGCAUAAUUACGAUGUCACCCCUUUGCAGUGGAUAGCUUGUGCCAAUAAAGGUUACUACUUUGAAAUUCCAUCGAUCGGAGCCAUCAGAAUCAACACCCAGGAGUACCUGGAUGUCCUUGGUCGUCCCAUGGUGCUGGCCGGGACUAGAGCAAAGCAGGUGCAGUGGACAAACGUCUACCAGGAUGCUUUGGGUUUGGGUCUCGUCAUCACUGGGACGAUGCCGGUCUUCAACCUCACUUUUGACACCGUAAGCUCCCAGAACCAGCUCAUCCUCGGAGUCAUGGGAGUAGAUAUCGCAGUCAGCGAAAUCAAAAAGAAAACACCUACAUACAGACUUGGGGCCAACGGCUACACCUUUGCUAUCGACCCAAAUGGCUACGUGCUGCUGCAUCCCAACCUGCGACCCAAAAUCAUUAACUUUAGGGAGCCCGUCACUCUGGACUUUCUGGAUGCAGAGCUGGAGGACAACAACAAGGAGGAGAUCCGUCGACAGAUGAUUGAUGGGAAAUCGGGGCAAAGGAAAAUCAAGACGCUCAUUAAGUCAGUUGAUGAGAGGUACAUUGACGAGGCCAUGCGCACAUACACAUGGACGCCUGUGGAUGGUACAGAUUACAGUCUAGGGUUGGUACUGCCCACAUAUAGUGAGAACCACAUCAAGGCCAACCUGAGUGACCAGAUCCUUCAGGUGCAGUUGCCAUACACCAAGGAUUUUGAAUCACUGCUGCCAAACAGUUUUGAGUCUGAAGGACAUGUAUUCAUUGCUCCCAGGGAGUACUGCAAUGAUCUGGAGCUGUCCAACAACAACACUGAGUUCCUGCUCAACUUCAUUGCUCUCAUGGAGAAGGUGACACCAGACUCCAAACAAUGUGACAAUUUGCUCCUUCAUAACCUGAUUCUGGACACUGGCAUCAUCAGGCAGCUGGUGGAGAAAGUGUGGAAGAAUAAAGACUUGAAUACAUACGGCUUUCUGGCUGUGUUUGCUGCAUCAGACGGAGGUGUAACAAGAGUGUUUCCAAAUAAGGCUGCAGAAACCUGGGAGGAAGACCCUGAGCCGUUUAAUGCCAGCUAUUACCGCCGCAGUCUCGACAACAAGGGCUACAUCUUCCGUGCGCCUUAUCGAACAGCCCGGGACGAGCUGCUGAACCCAGAGAACGACACCAUAGGGAUCCUGGUCAGCACAGCUGUGGAGAUCACAGUAGGAGGGAAGACCAUAAAACCUGCAGUGGUCGGAGUGAAACUGGACCUCGAAGCCUGGACGGAUAAGUUCAAGAUUCUUGCCAGCAAUCACACAGACGGCCACCAAGGCUCAAAUACGUGUGGACCAAACAGGGGCUGUGAAAUGGACUGUGAAGCCAACAGUGAGGAUCUCCUGUGUUAUUUGAUAGAUGACGGUGGAUUCCUCAUCAUGUCUAAUCAGAAGGAUGACUGGAACAAGGUGGGCAUGUUCUUCAGUGAUGUUGAUCCCUACCUGAUGUACGCGCUCUACAACAAUUCCUUCUACAACCGCAAGCAGUCAUUCGACUACCAGUCUGUGUGUGAACGCAUGCCCAACAGUGAAGCUGGAGCUGCACCCAGAGGAGUGUUUGUGCCCACAAUUGCAGAUUUUCUAAACGUGGCUUGGUGGACGUCAGCAGCUGCAUGGUCCUUGUUCCAACAGUUUAUAUACGGACUGGCUUAUAACAGCUGGUUUGUCACAGAUGAGGUGGAUGCAGAAGGAAUCGACUCCAAAGAGCGGAGUUGUGUAAUGAUCCAGACCCAGUACUAUUUAAGUAAUCUCAGCAGCUCCUACAACAUUCUGCAAGACUGUGGCAACUGCUCCAGGCUGAUUCAUGCCAAGAGGAUAAACAACACCAACUUGCUGUUUGUGGUGGCAGAGAAGAUGCCGUGCAACACCUGCGAGAUCGAGAAGCUGUCCCAGGAGGAGGAGGAGUACAAGGAGGAAAAUCCAUGUGAAGAAAUGACUGUGGCGCGCUAUCGAAAAGGACCCUCCACCUGCUUUGACAAUAACAUCUCUGAGAACACAUCAGACUGUGGACGGGGCCACUCCUUCCGCCCGUCCCUCUACACCUUACUGCUCAUCCAGCUGCUGCUGCUGUACCCGGCCAUCAGCCCCCACGUUCACUCUCUACUACAUUAAUUCCAUUUUCCUCCACUAAUCCUCCUUUUAGCCCUCCCGAGCUUCUUUCCUGACCUAAAACACUCCGAUCCCACCUCCGUGCCCCUACGCCCUCCCCCUCGAUAUAGUCAUAGGUAAUAAUGGGACUUCCCUUCACGGCAAGUUGGAAGCCCUGAGUGCCGCGCUACCCAGCUCGCUUCAGUUCGUGUCGCUUAGUGACAACUGCCGGACGUUUGUGUCCUCAGCCAGUUAACCUUCAUCUGCAGGAGGAGUGGGUGGUGCUGGACCACCUGGAUCAUCAGAGGCAACGUCAGAAAAGAGAAAACAACCCCGUCCCACCACCUCCAUGAUCACCUCACCACCUCCACCAUCCAGAGAAGGGAGGGGAAAGAGGACAGGCCGAUGUCCUUGUCACAGACCUCCCGCCACAUACAGACUAGAGAGUUGAGGUUGUCUGUCCGCCUUCGCCUCUGUCCAUCAGACAGACGGCAGGACUCCUCCUUCUUCGUCUCUCCUCCAUCUCAAAGAGUCUCGCCGCUCUGUCAUUCGCCUCUUCUAAGAGGCUGUGGACCAUUCAGCCAGUUAUAGCCACCAUUAAAGAAAAUAACAGAAAAAAAGAACUGUCGAGUAUACAAAAUGUCGAGUAUAAACCUCUGAAGUGAUGAGUAUUCCAAACAUACAGUAUAUUUAGGUUUCAAUUUGAAAAAGGAAGUCGUUAGGUGUUAAUUUAAAAAAAGACAUGAGUUCAUUUAUGCACUAUAUCUACUUGCCAAAAUGAGAUAGACUUUCAUGUGGUCUUAUUUUUUAUAGCCAAAACAGGAGGAGGAAAUGGCUUCUGAUUUAGAUUUAGGAUAAACCACGAGAGGAAGAGGAAUCACUCUGAGAAACUGAACGCUGAUUCAUUUUGUGCAGCACCUAAUUACAGAUUAAUGCUUUUAAAAGACGUCCACUGGGAUUAUCAUAAUUAACAUGAUGGUAAUCGCAUUUUUUGAAGUAUUUCCCCCUCUUAUUUACUAUUAAAAGCUAUCUGGCGUACACACACUAGUGACAGCUACAAAAUAUGAAUCAGUGUUCGGUCGCUGCAGAUUCGGAGCGCCGUUGAUGUCGUGUUUCAUUCUCCUUUACGAUCAAUUGACCAUUCUGACCUCUGGUUUUGGACUGAUGUUUAAAAAAGAAAAAAAAUCCCUGUGCUCUCUGAUGCGAAAGCUCACCUCUGCCAAUCCUCAUGAGGCUUCUCCAGUAACCUCUACUAACGCUCCUAAUCACAAUUUGUAUAUGUGCUUUACAGACACACCAAGAUCUCUGCCUCAUGACCGUCUCAUAGCAAUUCCUGGUGGGUAUUUUUUUUUCCCUCUCUCUUUUUUGGGCUUGUAUUACCUUUGACUGAUGCUGUUCGAACUUCAAAAACCAUUCGCUGCUGGGGGAUAGGGGCUUAUCAACAUUUCCAACAAAAGUGCAGAAGAGGCAACUAAAUAUGGUGAUCACGUACAGUAGUAGUCUGGUUGUAAUCCGUCACAGUUCAUCAUUUGAUCAUUACGAUGUGUGAAAAGUCAUUUAGACUCCCAUGUUUAGGAGCCGCUCUGUUUCAUAGUGCCUUGAUGCACUUUGUUUUGGACCACAUCGGCUGUAUAAGAGUAGAGCUACUGUAUAGUACCUUUAUAGAGCAGCCAUCUUGGAUAACACAGGAGCCCUGUGAGACUGAAUCUGUCGGCUAUAGAAAUAGCUUUACACAGAGCCAUCGCACUGACCUGGCUCUAGCUUAAUGUAUUUGCCCUCUCGGCUGUGGAGCCUCCUGACUGCCAUCAUAUGGAGUUACUAUACCGUUCCUUUACAAAGCCAUGUAUAGAGCUAUGAUACACUAUCCGUAUACAGCGACUUAACUGGCCAUAGAGCGUUUUUAGGGCCACCUGACUGCUAUAGUUCUGCCUGAAUCGUAUGUGUCUGUGCGUGGAUGUGCGUGUGUGUUAGUUUGCGUUAAAAACCCUCAAAGGGAAUGUCUUUAAAAAUGAGUUGUGGAGUGUAUGAGGGAUGGCAGUUGUGGUUUCAUAUCUGUCCUUUCCUGAUUCCUAUGUUGCAACGGAGAAAAAAAAAAUCCAGUGUUGUUGUUGUGGAGGAGAUUAAAAAAAGGGAUUUUACUGAAACAAAAAGAAUCCAUCUUUAACCAUCAGUCUGCCUAAAUGUUAAUCCGAGGGAGCGGAGGUGUUUCCGAAAGAAUGUGUAGUUCAUCAGUGUUUUUUCUGCUUCAAAUGCAACACAGUUAACAAA